GACCUUAGCGUGCGUCGCUGUCACAGCAUUACAGCCUUUCAGCACAGCGAUAAAACAAGACUCAACAGGAGGAACCAAAACACUUCAGAAAACUAAUCGCCAAGCCGAGCCGCGUUGUUAUUGUUUUCUGUUUUGUUUUGUUUUUAAAUCGACAAUGAAAGCCAUCAGUCCCGUCCGCUCGGUGAGGAGCUGCUACAAGGCCGUGUGCUGCAUUUCGGAGCAGAGUCUCGCCAUCAACCGGAAUAAACACUCGUGUCUGGAGGAGCCGCUGGGCGCCCUGUGCGACAUGAACGACUGCUACUCCAAGCUCAAGGAGCUGGUGCCCAGCAUCCCGCAGAACAAGUCGGUCAGCCAGGUGGAGAUCCUGCAACACGUCAUCGACUACAUCUUCGACCUGCAGAUCGCGCUGGAGGCGGAGGACGCGGCCACGCCGGAGAUGGUUUUGUCAAUAAAGGCUGCGGACCUUGCUCGCAAUUUCUCCAAAGAAGAAGGGCCGUUGUGCCAUUAGGAGGACUGCAGAUCACGGUGCAGGGAAACACAUGUCUCCACUUCACUCCGGGCAAGAGGACAAGAGGGGCAGAAAGGGUGGGAUAGGUAUUUGGGAGAGGAAAAGAAGAAGAAGGAGGAGGAGGAGGGUCUAUAGAAGAAAAGACAGAAAAAGUGGACUGUUUCCUCGAUGAGUGGGGAUCAACGGUGGUGCGUGAGCAAGAAAACAGACUCAUUCUUUGGCCCCCGGACAGACAAAUCAACACACCAAAGCGCAAGCCAGGAUUGGAAAUUGAAAGCAACAAGCUUUGUUAUACCCUCCUCCAAAAACCUGGAACCCCCUAUAGGUAGAAGUAGUAACAUUGGUACAUUGUUUUAUUUUCAUUUAUGUGUUGCAUUCCAAGCCUACUUUAUGUGGGUCAAAUUCUUCAUCCAACCAGAACCCUCUCUACGACACGUCCCACAUCAUCUCACAUAUUAACCCCUGUGUAAUUUCCCCCAUCCAGUCUGACUUUCUAAUGAUCCGGAGACUGUUGGUUGCAACUUUUUACGAAUGUGUACAUAUCUGCUGUGGGUGUAUGUCUGGCGUGAGUCAAUUUGGAUGUUGUUGUUUUAUUCUGAAUGGGACUUUUUCUGGGUUUUCUUAGGUAUAAUCAGAACUCUAUACUAGAGUUAAUUCUAAAUGUUUGUAGGGAUUGUGUUAUUUCUACAGACAAUGUGCUGUGAGUUUCAUAAACUCUUAAUUAUAAAGUUUGCUAUGUAUGUAAUGAAAUAAAAAAGGAUGUGAAACAAA